UUUUGUGUUUUGUCAGAAUUAAUGAGAAAAGUUCCCUUGCCCUAGGGGUAAUUAGUGUCCUUGGAGUUAAAUAAGCUAAUACUUAGACACCUCUGGCACAAGCAAUUAUGUUUGUGUAUUGAAUAAUUGAUUCAAAGAGGGGGGAAGGGCUGCUAAUCAGAUCUGAGCAUAAUGAAUUGAUUUAAUUAACAGGGGAAUCUGAGGGUCUCUGGGAACUGCGCGCACUUAUUCCGUAGCAGGAGCGGGCGCAGCACAUAAAUUGGAGAGAAAGGCAGUGUGAGUAUGCUUUUAGCAGUUGUCAGGUCUGGAAUUGGAUUUCUUGAAUAUAGUUACAGUUUCGGAGCAAAUGAGAACGGGGAGAGAAUUUCACAGCGCGGAGGGCUCUGUCGUCUAGUCUAAGCGUUUGAUACGAGUACAUUUAGAUUCAGGAGAUUUUACUGCUUUCCAUUCUUUGUUUGCGUAUGGAAUUUACGAAGACCAACCAACAUUGUUUUACGGGUGUAAAUUGCAGUUUAGUCCGGAGAGGCAAUUUUCUGUGUUUAGUAAGAGUAAACUGAGCGCGGACACUUUCUUUCACGAUACAUUAUAUUAUCAAUUGCCUAGAAUAACAUUCAAACCAGCGUUCAUGUUACAAAGGUUUCCGUUACUAACGCAGAUACAAGCCAAGCGUUCGUGAAUUUUCAGCUUGCUGAACACAUAAGGACGAUUCGGUCGCUGUUUCAAAGCUCAUUUCUAAGAGAAGCCUUGCGCACACCGACUAGUGAAGCCUGCUGGAGCCGAGAACGGAUCGUCUGGAGCCGGACUCCUCGUUCCUCAGGACGAUGGUGUUGGACAAGGAAGAGAGUGUGCCGAUGCUCUCCGUCCAGCCCAAAGGGAAACAGAAGGGGUGCGCUGGCUGCAAUCGCAAGAUUAAAGACCGCUACCUGCUCAAGGCCCUGGACAAAUACUGGCACGAGGACUGUCUGAAAUGUGCCUGCUGCGACUGUCGCCUGGGGGAGGUGGGCGCCACCCUCUACACGAAAGCCAACCUCAUCCUCUGUCGCAGGGACUACCUGAGGCCUUAUCGUGGACAUCAGCUCCCUGAUGAAAAUGUGUUCCUAUGGCACAGGCCAGAAGGGGCUAACUGGCCUGACCGGCAGCUCUGCAGAAAGCAAACUCAAAGCAAGACCAGGCUCUUUGGUACAACAGGGAACUGCGCUGCCUGCAGUAAACUGAUCCCAGCCUUUGAAAUGGUGAUGAGAGCCAGAGAUAAUGUUUACCAUUUGGACUGUUUUGCCUGUCAGCUUUGUAACCAGAGGUUUUGUGUGGGGGACAAGUUUUUCCUUAAGAACAACAUGAUUCUGUGUCAGAUGGACUAUGAGGAGGGCCAGCUGAACGGCAGCUUUGAGACGCAGGUUCAAUAGCCGGGCCUAGUGGCAGCGACCAGGACCCUCGGCCCGCCGUACUUACACAUGAUGCCAUGGAUGUUCGGCUGCACUUGGAAAGAGGAGCGUCUGUCUGCUUGCCUGCAAUACUUUUUAAAUAGCCCUUUAUCAGUCCAUAAGGACUCUAUUGUAAAUGUACUACUUUUUGCCCCUCCCCUUCCCACCCCAACACUGAGCAGUUACAAGUUUUGAUGUACAGUUGUGCCUGCUUAGCUGAGCACUGUAUUGCUUGUAUGUUUUUGUGAUGUUUGUUUUGGGUUUGUUUAUUCUUUUCCCCUUUCGGGAACGUUUCCUUGGAGGGUAUGUACAGUCUGUUUUCUCUGUAUAUAUAAACUGGAACAUUUAUUUUAUGAAAUGUAAUGCAAUUUUAUUACUAGUGUGAAUUAAAGAUUCUUAAAUGUU